AUGUGUCCGAAUCUCCUGUGUAGAUCCCCGCCAGAUGGUUUAUUGACAAACGGACCCAAGCAUGACGUUGACCUGGAGCCGCUCAUCAUCGCUCCGGAUCUGUUCGCGUCAGAGCACUGCUUAGAUGACUUCUCACCCGAGGACCUCUUCCUUCUGACCGAGAUUGAGGAACCAAACACGAUGAUUACGGGUGAAGAUGAACCAUCGUCUGGUUUAAAUGGAAGGUUGAGACCACGAAAGGCUAAUGCUCUUAGUCCUCAGACCAUUAAAACUACUCGUAAAUCGGACCCUAAACCCGCUCAGGAGAAACCUAAACGAACCGGCACCCCGUCCAAAGCUUCUCCAAAUAAACCAGAUGAUCUCAUAAACAAGUCUGAAUCACCCGCUCCGCAUAUCUUAUGCCCUUACUGCGAUAAGACAUUCUUUACUAAACAAGCUAUUUCUAAACAUAUUCGUGGUGUCCAUAUAAUAAACACAAACGAUACUCUCAUAAAUUGCUUAUUCUGCAAUCAUAUCGAGGCGGAUGCCAAUGAUAUCAUACGACACAUGGUCGAUAAUCACCCAAACCAAUACUUCGCCUGCUACGACUGCCAUACUAGAUUUCCAUCAACCACAGAAUUAGCUGAACAUAAGCAUAAUGUUUGCGAGAAACAGAAGUUACCAUAUCGUAACAAAUUGCGGCCAAAAAUGGCGGCCAAAAAGACAUUAAACAAUUCCAACGAAAGCGAAUACGAUGAUGAGAUUGAAAACACGGCUGGACAUGAGUUUAACGGUCUAGUCAUUUCUUGCGAAAUAAAAACCUCACAGGCACAUGAUGCUGCUGAUAUUGAGGACAAUAUCACGACAAACUUCAUUUUACCAGCAACCAAAAAUAUUAACAACUCUGCGAUUAUCGAGAAAAACGCAGUUAUUAUAUUAGAUGAUUUACAAUGGAAUAAAAGAACCCCCACAACAAACUUCUCUUUUCAUAAUACAGAUGCUGACCAAAUACUGUCCCGACUCGGCGUCGUACACCGGUCACCAAGAGCAGGAGAUUUCAAUAAAAGGGAUUGGUCUAGGCAUAUUGAGGAGUCAAAUCAGAAGUUUGAGAAAUGCUUUGAUACCAGCUUCUAUUCCAAAGUGGCUAGCAACGUUCAAGAGAACUUGACAAAAUUUCUAGAUGGAUCGUUUAAUUUUAAUCCCGAUCCCGAAAAUACAAUAAAAACUAGAAAAUCUAAAAAUAGUGUUGCUAUCAACACUGUGGAAGGCUUCCCAAUACUUUUGGAAUGUGCCCAGUUUUCUAGAAAUGUCUUUGACGGAUAUUUGCCACGAGCCAUCGCUCCUAAACACAAGUGGAAAUGGGAUUCACUCGAAAAUGAAAGAAAUCUUCUUAAUCCUGAACAAUUCAAACGAGACUCGCACACUAACAACUGCAUUAUUUCGUUGGUUUCUAGUCUCGACAUAUGGACUCAGUUAUGUAUGCGCCAGAAAUAUGAACAAAAAUUUAACAAAACGCCACAGGAAAAAAGGGCUGAGAAACAAAGCAUUUUAGGGAACGAGCUAAAAGAAAUACUUGAGAGUCGCGAACUUCCAACAGCGUCUUCACAAAUAAUAAAAUAUAACAACAACGCCUUGCCAGCGCGUGAUGAUCUCGACUUUCCUAUCUCACUGGGUUUAGUGCCCUCGCCGCAGACAUACAAUCCCAAGCCGGCUGUACUCAGUGGUGAAUGGGUCAGGCCUCGUUGCUAUGUAUGCUGUGCGUGUGGGGCGCAAACCCGCGAUUCGAGAGCGCUCUCUUCUCAUAUAUCAUCGCGACAUCCGAACGCUCAAAUCCAACAUUACGAAAUUGUGGGAGAGGUUCUUCUUAAAUCUGAUAUUUUAAAACAUUUAUAUGUGCCACCGAGCCAGCCUAAUAAUAGGACUAGACCACUACGAGGUAUCAGAGAGUGCACUAAGUGCAGGAAAUCUAUUUCAUUGGAAGAUUUGCAUCAGCAUAUGCUAGAUUGUGCUGGAGAUACCCCGGCUGUGCGAAGGAAAUGUCGUUAUCGACCAUUUGGUGUUCGUAAACGGCGACCUCGCCUCCCUGAUAAUACAAUACGUAGAGAGAUGCGUAAAGAUAUUCGUACGCCACAUAAUCGUAAAAAUCAUAUGAGACCCAGACCAAAAAUACGUUCAGAAGUGGGUGACGCGGAAACCAUAAGAAAAAUGCUGGCAGAUUUGCCUGCUAAGCGCCAUCGAGUCACGGUUAACAACUUAAACCCAAUUUUACGUCCUAGACGGAAGUUAAAUAGCCAAAGAAAUAAAAUGAUUAUGAAGAAAAGGUCUACUGAAGACAUAACCAAGAAGCCAUUUUCGAAUACGGAACCUGAAGAGGAUGAAAAAGAUUACGAUACUGUACAAUCUGCGGUAUAUGAUAAUGGCGAAAAUAAUCGCAAACCUCACGACGAGGACAAAGACAUAAACCAUAAGGAAAACUUAAACAAGCCUGUUGUGAGUAAAAAUAAAAGAAAGAGUAUCCCGCACAAGGAACCUCAAGCUUAUUCCGAUACAUCGGAUACACCAGACAUGGCAACCAAGGCAUCAAGCGGCCAAGGAAAUAAUCAAAUCAUACAGUUUACUACAAAUAACAAUUCAGACAGAGUGUCCAUGAAUAGUGGAGGGGAUGGAUCUUACAGAGAACAUAGUAACGGAUCCAAUAAUGGCUCUUACAACAGAGACAAUAAUAACUCGGGUUACAUGGAACAACAUAACAAUUCAAGAGAUUCUUUCGCUCCAUCGCAGAACAUUCCUUUAAAGCAUUCAAUUGCUAGUUUGACAGCAAGUUCUGAGACUCACGAUAAGUCUGUUCAGUUUCAUCAUAUGUUCUUGGUGCAACAAGAAUGCAAUAACAUCAACAAUCAUGUACAAUCUGAGCAGAGAAUGCUUUUUGAAAACGAAGCUGUAGUUACGAAGUUAGACAAACCUCCUUUGCACUUCGACCAUCAAACGUAUAUGGACUCGCAGCUUCAGAAGAAUAAGUUGAAUAAACCGCGUAAAGGAUUAAAUGACUGCAUAGCUAUGCUGAAAAAUAAGCUCGAAGAGCCAAGUUCCAACACUCUACCAGGUCACGUAUCCGUGCAGUGCGGCAGUGAUGAACCUUUAGGACCGGAGCCUGUUAUUAUAGAACGAAGACACUCCACCACUGAGUCCAAUAACGACUCUACUCGAAGAUCGCUGCAAAUGCUUUACCCGGACGUUCCUCAACAAAACAUUGCGGAAAAUCAAAGUGUUCCGAAGCGGCCUACACGACGUCGAUCUACAAGUACACGUCAAAGAACAAACUCUUGUAGGGAUAAAUCGUACGACAUUCAAUCGGGUAACGAUUAUAUUCAUUGGAAACAAUAUUAUUAUGAACCUCAAAUGUUCUCUUCACAAAACGCCAAACGACAACCUGUGCGACGCAAGUCACUAACUCCAGCUGAUGAAUUUUUACUGCAGCAUGCGUAUAUGAAUUUAGAGCUUCUAAAUAAAAGUAACAGAGAAUUACAAAACCUUUCUGACUAUCACUAUUCUAAUCUGGCUGCUAUACCAUACAAGCCGAAUAAGAAGAAGGGUCGUGACACAACCCAAAAACCAACGUCUAGGAGACGAGCAAGUGAAAUACCAAAACCUAAACCAAAGGAGCCCCCAAAGAGUCGUGAAAGAACUCCACGAGGUAGACGUACACGCGCUGAUUCUCAACAAACGAAUCAAAUAAAUAUACAGGAUACGACGCCGGUCCCCGUCAUCAAUCAAAGUGAUCAGUAUAUACAUCACACGCCGGCUAACCUAACUACAUACAUACCUGUUUCUGAUAAAAAUCUAGAUUGUUGCACAUUGGCUUUGGCUGCUCCGCAAGAUGAAAGUGUUAAUGUGCGUUUAGAACGAGAUAUACCACAUUCCAAUAAAGUGCCCGAAGAACAACCGAUGCUUCUCAUAAACCAGCAAAAUCCACAGAUUAUAGAGUACUCUGCGAAUAACAGUGUACCUCAAGCGUUGUACGCCAUACCAUAUGAGCAAACUGUUACAGCUCCAAUCGACUUGUCUAAUAAUGCGCCAGCCAUACCCAGCGCCGAUAAUUCUUAUCAAUAUUUACCUCAAACACCGAUAUGUCACGUUAAUUAUGAAACCUACGAGACUCUAGACCUGUCAAAUAGAGACUUGAACAAUGAAGUCGUUAAAGAAACUGACAUCAACAACGAGGUAGUGGUUGAUUUGAGUGUGAGAUAUUCUCCUCAUUCGCCACCAGCCUCUAGACUUGCGCUAAUCCCACCUGAUAUAGUCAAUAAUGACAUUGAAGAAGGUCCAACCGAUCUGUCUAUAGUACGCGUAGAUGACUUUACGCCGACGGAUUUAUCCGUAAGAAGGAGAAUUUAUCCUUUCCAAUCAUAUGAGCGGGGCGUAGAAGGCAUGACACAAGUAGAUUAUGUCCAGGAUUUAUCACAACCCGUCCGACAUGAAGACAAUGUCUGUCUAAUGGCGCCAAUGAGGGAAGACAUACAUAAUAUUGAAUUACCAACUGAUUUAUCUAAGAAUAGACUCCAGAGCCGUCCUGAUGUUACGUCCCUUUGCUUAACAGAACAACAAGAUAUGUACCUUAACGUUUUUAGAAACAAUCCGAUUCCUGUGGAUAAUAAUAUCCCGGCAGAUUUAUCUGGAAGAAAAAAUGAUGUUCAAAAUGUUCAAUACAUCAGAGGAGCACAGGCUAUGAAUAUAAACGAUGGUUUGAUUAUCCACGAUGGUAUGAACAGGCAGCAGUCACACGAUGUUUCCAAUGAAAUUAUAAAUCUGCAUUAUAAUUCAGGAUAUCGAACAAUCAUACCGCCUUCAUACGCCGUAGAAUCGGAUAGGUUUGAGGAACAAUGUCAAAAACUACCUAAUUCAAGAAUAAUCUCUCCUGCUCCCGUUAUUCACGAUUAUUCAAAUAAUAAUUCAUCAUUAGAAGAUCACAGUGUAGACCAUAGCAACGAAGUUAUAUCAUACUCAUAUUCAGAUGUACCUUUGAGUUUAACUACGAAUUCUGGUCGAAUUGAAUGCCGCCCGGACAGCAGUAACAUUUGUGACGUUAUGCAUCGCCCGCCAGUUUCUAAAGUAUCCACAUAUGCCGUAAAUACUCCAAUUCAUACAAUACCUAGUGAAUCGACUCUUUCUGCUACGACUGUUUCCAAACCUCCUGUAAUGACUGCGGUACAAAAUAAUAACAUAAAUUUUGAUAAACGAGAUUGUCUGGAAAUAAAUGUUUCUGAAAUUCGUAAAGAAAACGAAGAAUUGCAUGACGGAAAUAAAGUUUCGAUCCAGGAAACACCCACGAAAGAUAAAAGGGGCACACAGAAUCUCUUAACAACAAAGGAUGACCAAAAUUGCAAAGUUGUGGAAAUUAACAAGAAAACAACAAACAAUUCAAAUUUAGAAGCGGAUCCAGAAACGGCUAGAAAAAUAGCUAUGUUACCAAAAGAGCUAGUUGAAAUCUUAGGCACUAUGCCGGUUGAUCACCGUAAUCAACUUCUAAACGUAUUACCGCAAUAUGUGUCGACCGCGACGGCAUCUGAGUCUACUGAAUCUCCAAGGUCAAAGUCUGUUGAUGAAAAAUGUAUCGAUGCUGUUUCAAAGAAUAGCGGCGUUCAAGAAAGUGAAGAUUCUGUGUUAUGUAAUACUUCACCUACCUCAGGAUAUCCAGAAGCACCUGAUAUCUCGCUUUCAAGUUCCGUACUAUUAACACCACCAACUCCGCAGUUAUCUGAACGCCAUGCGAUUCAGGCUCAUGAUAUGGACGAAAUGAAAACUAGCAUGCGACAAAGACGUGUGUCCAACGAAGAUGACAGAUUACGCCUAGAUAUUUCUAAAUUUGAUAAAAAGGAAGUUAAUAGGAAUAUCUCAAAAAGGUUAGCUCAUUUCGAUAACGAAAUAAUAGAAGACCCGGUUAUUGAUUUAACUGGUGAUGAUGUGAUACCCUCGAGUGAAACUGAAAACCAUUUAGAAUCUAACCAUUAUAACGAGAUUGCGAAAGACCAUUCCAUUUUGAAUACUUCAUAUAAAACUUGUAAUAAAGUAAAUAAUGACAAAACUGCUAGUUUGAGAGCAGUUCGAAUUAAAACGCCCUAUGAAAGAAAUCGAGUCAUACUGCCGGAAAACAACACAACAAAAAAUCAUAUUGAAACAGAAAUAAGGCAAGUUAAUGACGUAGUUCAAAAUAAUGAUAUUGAUACUCAAAAGACACAAACAAUGCAACGAAUAGAAAGUUCGAUAGAUUAUAAAAGGAAUAGAAAUGUCAUCGUGAAUAACAACAACACUCAAGAUAUACGUGCCGAUGUGAACUAUAAUAAAUUAUCCAUUCCAAAAAAUAUUCAAAAUGAUAUAAAUCAAAAAGAUUCUAAAGAUAAGCCUAACUUAAUUACCCCUUUCCAAGGCGAUGACAAAAAUGUUAUUACAAUUCUACAUGAUGAGGAGUCUUUAGAAAUUACAGAGACUUUAGUGGAUGCUUCAAUAAAUCCAAUUAAGAAAAAAGAAUUUGGCUUAAAUAAGAAUGAAAUAAGUAAAGAUAUAGUCACUGACGUAACAUCUAUGUCUUAUAAGAAAACUAAAAAAUGUGAAUAUAUAAACGACGAGAUGGGCGUGAUACAUAUAUGCGAUGAUUCUGAAGAUAUUAAUUUAACAACUGAAAAAACAUUCCAAAGUACAGAUUCGAAAAUUUUAAUUGAUACUGGCCGUGAACCAGGUUUUGAAAACAAAAAUGAAGAUAAAAGGCAAGAUAGCAAAAUUGAAUCAAUAACAAUGACAUAUAAUUCAUCUUUUGAUGCUAAAUCUAUAAGUGAAGAGAAGAAUAUAGUCGAAUUAAAUGAUUCUGAUUACGUAAGCUUUGAAGAAACAAAGCCUUCUCAAAGAUCUAAAAAUAAAACAAUAGCGAAAAGACAACAUGAACAUUUAGAUAAACUAUCCAAAGAAAUCGAAGAGGAGUCUUUUAAUAAAUAUAAAGGCAAAAGAGGUCGGUCUCCGCAACAAACGAUAAAAACAAAGUAUUUUGAAAACAAAGACGAAGAAUGUAAUCGAUCAGUUAUACCCAAAAAUGAAGUAAACAAAGAAGAUAGUAUUAAUUGCGAGGUCAUAAAUACAGAAAAACAUGUAGAAGAAUCAAGUUCAUUAAAAAUUGCUGAAAAGAAUAAUGAUAGAACUUCUAAAAUUGUCAAAGAAACUGAUCUAGACAAAGUUGUAAGGACUGAUACUCACGAUUUAUUGGAUGAAUCUAUAGAACCAAAUUCUCUUAAAAUAAAUGCAUUUAUCACAAUCAAAGAAAGCUGUGAUUCCAGUGAUAAAGUGGAAGUUACUGUGAAACAAUCAGAAAACUGUCUUACAAGUCUUUCUGCACUUAAUUCGACUAAAAUGGAAGCCAAUGUUUCUGAAAGAAAUGAGUCAGCAUUAUUAAAAUAUGGAACUAUUGAAAAUUCAAAAUCAAAUCGACAUUCGCGAAAAGAAAACGUUAAAGCACUGUUAGAUAAAACAAACCAAAAGGAAGACACAUUAAGUCAGGGAGAAGAAGUAAAUUCUAAACAAACGCCAAAAUUAAACUUUUCUUCAGAUGUUGAAGCCACAGCUAGGCAAAGCAAGCGAGGAAAAUCACAAUCUUUGCAAAAUAAUAACAGUGAAACUGAAAAUUCUCUUCUGGAUCAUGAAAAAAAGCAUAGAGCAGUUUCAAGUCCAAGACAUAUAAUUUCUUCAAAUCCUACAGUCGAUGGUGAUGAUUUAGAUGAAGAUGCUGUAUCUGAACGUAGAAUCUAUAGCGAAUCAUCGAGAAGUUCAAGUGGUAGCGAGUAUGACGGUGUAGUAGAUACAACAUCAAAAAAACGUAAGAAGUUGGCUCGCUCUAAAAGAAAUUACAAAAAGAAGAGGGCUCUAACAUCUGUACAAGCUAGAAUAGACAUCCGUAUCGAACGAUCACGAAGUGACUCUAAAUUCAGUAUAGAAAGCAGCAUUGUUACUAACAAGGCUAUAAAACCACCUGAAGCACCUAGUGUCGACAGUGCCAAAGUAGAUUUGAUUCCCAUAUCAGAUGGAGAUGAUAAAAAUGUAGUAGAUAAUGCACCAACUGCAAAGAGGAAGUCAAUCUCUCCUUCUAGGGAACAAAUAGUUUCAAGUUCUAAACCAAAGAAAUGUAAAGUUGAUAAUGACAAAAAAAGUAAAUUAGGAACAGCUGAAAAAGAAGAAGGCGAAGAGAAGCAAUUAACGGAAACACAGAUGAGUGAAACUAAAACGGUUUCUGUUGUUAAAAAUACCACCUGCUAUAAUAAACCAAUGCGUCGUAUAAGAUCUAAAUCUGUUGUUGUUAAAUCGUCAGGAGUAAAAUUAUACGAUCCUUAUGAUAUAGAUUUGGAAGAUAUGGCUGAAAAGACGGAACCGUUUAUAAGAAAAGAAAUUACUUCUAAAAGUAGUGUCACGGUUUCAAAGGAAUCAAUUUCAAGCGAUAAUCAAAGUUUAAGCGAGAUUUCACCCUCUCCUUGCAUACAGAACUCUACUGAUGAUAAUCUUGAAGCCAACAAAAUUGAUAAUCAUUCAGAAAUGACAACUAGUGAUUCGACAACAAACACUAAAGAGACUAAUGUAACUAAUUGUGAAUCUCUAACCAAAGAGUCCCAUAGCGAUACCGAUGAAUCUUCGAAGAGUGAUGAGCCAUUGAAAAAGUAUGCAAUAGAGAAAGAAAAGAGGAAUCUUUUGUUAUCUCAAGAUCCUGAUGGUGAAUGUAGAUGUAGAAGAGGUCCUGUACGAAGAAAAACUAAGACUCGCGGUAGAAAGAAGCGAAUAUAUUCCUCAAGUCCAAAAGUUGAAAGUAUUAUCGACACUACUACCGUCGAAGAUGAAAUACGCUCACAACAAUUUCUAGAAAGCUUCGGCUUUUUCUCAGAAAGAAAACCUCGUAAAUCUAAUCUCCUUGCAUCGAAAAAAAUAGCAGAAACAUUCCAUAUCAUAGCUACCGAAAAUGAUGAAGUGUAUUUUUCAUCAUUAGAACGUGUUAACAACAAAUCUUGGUCCGUGAAGAAAGUGGGCGGGAGUAGAGGAGUUAAUUCAGAAGGUGUAGAGGUCAAGAAAAUACCGGGGAAACGAGGUCGAAAACGGAAAAAUCCGCCACCUGAACCAGCAUUUUGUGAUGUGUGUAAGAGAAUGUUUAGGAGGUCCGAUAACUUUACGAGACACCAAAUAACAUUAUACCAUAUUUCAAGACUGUCGGAUGAUGACCCAGAUAAUAAGACAUUUUCAAAAGACGGGCCGAACUUUUUAAUAGUUUUUAAACAGCAAUUGGAUCGAUUGAAAAUUGUGCGGGAAAAAAUUGAAAUAAGAAGGAAAACACCAUUGCCACCAGCAGAGGCAGCUCCACCGACAUUGACAGAUAUUAUAGAAGAUGUUAAGAGAGCCAUAAAGGAACAGAUUGUUGCCCGGCGCGUGUUAAGUCGAGAUGAAGCUUUGUUCGUCGAUUGCUGCGAAAUGUUACAAGAGUCACAUCAAAAUGAGACGUACAACCGACGUCGCAACUGCAACAGUUAUAACUGUUUAUUAGUAUGUGAGGAAGAGUUAGCUGAGCUAGAAAGAAGUAUGGAUGAAAGAGAUGAAAAAUAUGAUGACGACGUUGAUGAGGUUACAGCCCAAAAUAUAAUGGAAAGUGAAGAAGUUCGAAACUUAGAAAACGAUUUAAUAUCAGGACUCAAAGAAGGAAACGGUUUUAAGGGGGCCGCUAGCAUUGACAACCGGCCUUUAGAGGGCAGAGAAGUGGGUGCAAAUGAAAAGAAUAUUAUGCCCGUUUCCAAUCACCAACCAGUUGAAGCCUUUGAUGAGCCUAUAGCGGGACCCAGCACAAGUAAAGAUACAAGACACUUUGAAGUCAAAGAAAAAGUUUUACCAGACGUUGUUGAAAACUUCGAUAUUUUUGAGGAUAAAUUUGACAAAAUAAAAAGAAAAUGCAGAUCACAGGCAGCGGCGGCAAAACAAAUGCAAACAAUGUCUGAUGCCAAUUCCAGCCAUAAAGAACGCAAAAAGUCUGAGAAAAAGAAAGCCAAACGAAGCUCUAAAAAGAAUCACAACGCCGUUCCUACUAAAGGUGCUCUAAAGGGCUUCGAUGGAAUAAAAGUAUCAAUUCCCAAAUCCGAUAUAAACAUGUCUGCUAUCGUCCCCGCAGUAGGAAGCUCAGGUAAACGAAAGAAGAAAAAUAGGUCCAAGAAGAAAAAAGAAAGGAAAAGUUCUGAUGGAAGCGGUAAGCACGAUGGAGAAUAUCAUCGCAGGAACAGAGACUCCCCUAAGAGGAACGUCGAUGUUUAUGAAUUCAUGGACACAGAAGAUACAGAACUAUUCGAAUUCCGACCAUCCACUUUAAUGGAAAGGUUUAGAAGUAUUAGCAACAAAGAGUCACCGAGUACUUCGAAGGCCUCGCAGGCUCCAGAAAUACCAGAUGCUUCGAGUGAAAGUGCUUCAGACGGAGAUGACUUUGUAUACAUGUCUGACGAUUACGUUUGUAGCGAUGAUGAAACAGAAAAUAGUGUCCUAUCUUGUGACUUUGGUCAGGUUAAAGGAAGCAGUUUCGAAUAUAAAAAGCCAACAUCUCCCCUUAAAAGAAAAGAUGUCAUCGAGAAAAAUGCCGUUAUGGGAAAAAUAUUCAAAAAUAACGCUGUACGAUUUGAACGCAAAAGAUCAAAGAGCAGAGAGACGGUGAAACCUCAAGCUAAUCUGGACCAAUUGUUUGACAGCUUACUUGAAGACGGAAAUCAGUCUGAUAUAUCUAAGAAAGAUAACUUAGAGCCAUCGCCAAGUACGUCGCUUGUAAGCGAAGAAGUUAACAAAAAACAAAAUGAACAUGAAAUGACGGACUUAGAAGAGGCGGGACCAUCGCAGAUAUACGAUCCUAUACCAUCGACCUCAGCCGCUUCCUUCUUGACAUCAUCUUCUAAGAAAAGGAAGUCAGCAACUCCGCCACGAAAACUGGAUCUCAAUGCACUCCGUGCUCUUGAAUAUGGACAUUGUUCUAAAACGGACGGAAGUACAUAUAGAAAAGAUUUGUCGCUCGACUAUUACGCACGGUCAUCACAAGUCGUCUCUAACAAGUAUUCAUCAUCAGAUGACGACGAUUUCACCGUUCCCGAGCCCAGCUACUCUUCGCAUCGAAAAAUCGAAGAGGUUUCACCGGAAAAAAAUAGAUCAAGGGAUAAAGUUACAAAAGAGAAAUCGAGUUCAAAGAGAAGGUCACAUGACGUUAGACAGAAGAGUUACGACUCCGGUACAGAAUCGGCAGGCAGGGCCCUAGCGGCCGACGACGGUGGAGUGGCGGUGCAGCGUGCGCGGCGCAAGUGUACCGUCGGCAAACAGAACGUGCUCGCUGAGAGCUGGAGUUCAGAGUCGGAACAAGACGGAACUCCGGCGCGUCCGAACAGUGUGGAGUCGGUGGUGGCGAGUGUGGGGAGGAAGAAGAGAGGCAGGAAGAGGGAGACGUGCGUGGUGCAGGGGAGGAGGUCGGGCGCGGGGCACUCCCGGCCGCGGGGCUCGUCGUACUGGUCGGACGGCGAGGAGGAGCACGAGCACCCGCAGCAGCACGGCUGGAUCGUGGGCGACAGUCACAAGAAGCUGGUCACCAUGCUGGCGCACGCCAAGGGCCGCAAGAGGAACGACGACAAGCGCUCCGCGGUCCUCGAGUAG